AUGUUGCGGGCGGCGGCGGCGGCGCGCGGCGUGAGGAGGGCGGCAUCCCUGCUGCACCAGUUUCAGAGGCUUCAGAGUACGUUGGUCAUAGCAGAACACAACAAUGAGACUCUUACACCCAUUACGCUCAAUGCAGUCACUGCAGCAAAACGUCUCGGAGGCGAAGUUUCCUGUUUGGUUGCUGGGACCAGUUGUGACAAGGUAGCACAAGAGCUCAGCAAGGUGCAGGGUGUUGCAAAAGUGCUUGUGGCUCAGCACGACCUAUUCAAGGGAUUUCUAGCAGAGGAGCUGACUCCCUUGGUUUUGGAAACUCAGAAACAAUUUAAAUACACUCACAUUUGUGCUGGAGCAUCUGCCUUUGGGAAGAAUCUUAUUCCCAGAGUGGCUGCGAAGCUGGAUGUUGCUCCUGUUUCUGACAUCAUUGAGAUCAAAUCACCCAACACUUUUGUGAGAACUAUCUAUGCAGGAAAUGUUCUUUGCACCGUCCAGUGUGAUGAAGCAGUUAAAGUGUUUUCUGUACGGGGGACAUCUUUUGAGGCUGCGCCAACGAGCGGCGGCAGCGCCAGUGUGGAGAAAGUGACCCCUCCAGCACCUGUUGGUCUGUCGGAAUGGAUUGAGCAGAAGCUGUCAAAAAGUGACCGGCCUGAGCUUACGAGUGCAAGAGUGGUUGUAUCAGGUGGAAGAGGCUUAAAGAGUGGUGAAAAUUUUAAGUUGCUCUAUGAUCUUGCGGACCAAUUGAAUGCUGCAGUUGGAGCUUCCCGUGCAGCUGUAGAUGCUGGCUUUGUUCCUAAUGACAUGCAAGUUGGACAGACGGGUAAAAUAGUAGCACCAGAACUCUAUAUUGCUGUGGGAAUAUCUGGAGCAAUCCAACACUUGGCCGGGAUGAAGGACAGCAAGACCAUUGUUGCUAUUAACAAGGAUCCAGAAGCUCCAAUUUUCCAAGUAGCAGACUACGGACUGGUGGCAGACUUAUUUCAGGUGAGGCUCAGCUUUGGGCACGGGAGAGAGAAAGCUGUCAGAUGUAAUGACAGUUUAGGUAGGUAAUAGAAUCUAAUGGGGUGCUUGCUUUGGUCUGUUUUGCACAAGAGUUGGCUUUACAACUUCAUUAUUUUCAGUCUCCAAACUCAGUCCCCACAGAUGUUGAGAAGGGCGGGUUUCACAUCAGCCUGCCUGUGUUCACAUUUCCUGAAUGUGAGGCAUUCUGAGAACUGCACCUAGGUUCUGAAAUGAGUUUUUGAGCUUCAUAAAGUCUGAACGUACAGAGCUGGUGUUGUCUUCAGACUGCAGCAGUUCUCCUCCUGCGUGGGCUUGCUGCUUUACUGACACUGAGGCGCAGCUGGCAGUUUUCUGGCAAACUCACACGUGGGCUGGGCUGCCCACACGGCCGUACAUGGCAGCGGUGUGAGCUCACAGCAGCUCCAUGGAGGCAUGGGCAGAAGCUGUGCCAGCACUUAAUGCCAUUCCUGAACUAAUGCCUGUUGGCUCAGCGGUGAGCACGGGCCUUUGCGUUAGGCACAGACAAAGUCACAUUCUGAAGAAA